AUGGCCCUUGUUGAUACUCAGUGCCGUGGAGUUGUGAAAUAUUCACGUCGAUUUCUCGUUGUUCAGCAAGCAAGAUCAACUCAUAGAGAAUUGCGCAGAUUUGCUCUUUUAAACUCACCAGAGCCCAGUUGCAUCCGGAAAGGCAGAACCCUCUCAGAGUUUGGCGACUCUAUCUCGGAGAGUCGCAGUGUUUUGCCUCACAUCUUGGCCCAUUCUAAGCCGGCCUGUGCGUCCAUGUUUCCGCCCUUUAAUCAGCCGCCCUGUACACUGCCUCUCCCUCCCUCCCUCCGAGUUGUUAGUGAAUCAUUCUGCACUGGUACUCUGCAAUACAGGAUUCUAGAUUCCAGGACUCGCUCACACGCUUUAACAGCCAGCAAACUCGUCCGCCAGACUACCCCAAUUUGGCUGGUACGUAGGAGUCGAUGUCAUAGAGACGUUUGGUUGAGCACUCAUGCACAUGUGCAAUGCAGAAAUAUCCGCUUUGUACCAACAGCCUGGCCUUCUGUAGACAUCCAUCUAUCAGGCUACUCGCAAGUUACUUUGAACCAUGCACUUUCCUGUUGUGAAGAGGCAUAUGGCUUGAAGCGUUUACUUUCAGUCAGAAUAAAGAAGCAGUUUUAG